AGAGUCAGAGAAGGGCGGCCCCGGGAGGGACCUGCCCAGGAGGAUCCGCAGGGCGCCGGCGAGGCCCGGAGGCGAGGGCGCGGCGGAUCGAGGCGAUGGCGCGGAGCCCGGGUGACCGGUGCGCCCUGCUGCUGCUGGUGCAGCUGCUGGCGGUGGUCUGCUUGGACUUUGGAAACGGACUUCACUUAGAGGUCUUCAGCCCAAGAAAUGAAGGCAAACCGUUCCCUAAGCACACUCACUUGGUUCGUCAAAAGAGGGCCUGGAUCACUGCCCCUGUGGCUCUGCGGGAGGGCGAAGACCUGUCCAGAAAGAACCCGAUUGCCAAGAUACACUCUGACCUUGCAGAAGAAAAAGGGAUAAAAAUCACGUACAAGUACACUGGGAAGGGAAUUACAGAACCGCCUUUCGGCAUAUUCGUCUUUGAUAGAAACACAGGAGAACUGAACAUCACUAGCAUUCUUGACCGGGAAGAAACACCAUAUUUUCUGCUGACAGGCUAUGCAUUGGACUCCAGAGGAAACAACCUGGAAAAGCCCUUGGAACUACGCAUCAAAGUUCUGGACAUCAAUGACAACGAGCCAGUGUUCACACAGGAGGUCUUUGUUGGGUCCAUUGAGGAAUUGAGUGCAGCACAUACACUUGUGAUGAAAAUCACCGCCACAGAUGCAGAUGACCCGGAGACUCUGAAUGCUAAAGUCUCCUACAGAAUUGUCUCUCAGGAGCCUGCAAAUAGUCAUAUGUUCUACCUAAAUAAAGACACGGGGGAGAUCUAUACGACCAGUUUUACUUUGGACAGAGAGGAACACAGCAGCUAUUCCUUGACGGUGGAAGCAAGAGAUGGUAACGGGCAGAUAACAGACAAGCCAGUCCAGCAAGCUCAAGUUCAGAUCCGUAUAUUGGAUGUCAAUGACAAUAUACCUGUGGUAGAAAACAAAAUGUAUGAGGGGACAGUGGAAGAAAACCAGGUCAAUGUAGAAGUCAUGCGGAUCAAAGUGACCGAUGCAGAUGAAGUGGGCUCUGAUAACUGGCUAGCAAACUUUACAUUUGCAUCAGGAAAUGAAGGGGGCUAUUUCCACAUUGAGACUGACACACAGACUAAUGAAGGGAUUGUGACCCUUGUCAAGGAAGUGGACUAUGAAGAAAUGAAGAAGCUAGACUUGAGCAUCAUUGUCACUAACAAAGCAGCUUUCCACAAGUCCAUUCUGAGCAAGUACAAGGCCACGCCCAUUCCCAUCACUGUCAAGGUCAAGAACGUGGUUGAAGGCAUUCAUUUCAAGAGCAGCGUAGUCUCUUUCCGAGCUAGUGAGGCAAUGGAUAGAUCCAGCCUCAGCAGGUCGAUUGGAAAUUUUCAAGUUUUUGAUGAAGACACUGGUCAAGCAGCUAAAGUAACAUAUGUAAAAGUGCAAGACACUGACAACUGGGUCUCUGUGGACUCCGUCACUUCAGAGAUUAAGCUUGUAAAGAUUCCUGACUUUGAAUCUAGAUAUGUCCAAAAUGGUACCUACACUGCAAAGGUUGUGGCCAUAUCCAAAGAACAUCCUCAAAAAACCAUCACUGGCACCAUCGUUAUCACUGUUGAAGACGUCAAUGACAAUUGUCCCGUGCUGGUGGACUCUGUACGGAGUGUCUGUGAGGAUGAACCAUAUGUGAAUGUCACUGCAGAGGAUUUGGAUGGGGCCCAGAACAGUGCGCCAUUCAGCUUCUCCAUCAUUGACCAGCCUCCUGGAACGGCACAGAAGUGGAAAAUAACGCACCAGGAAAGUACCAGUGUGCUGCUGCAGCAGAGCGAGCGGAAACGCGGGAGAAGUGAGAUUCCCUUCCUCAUUUCCGACAGCCAGGGCUUCAGCUGCCCCGAAAGGCAGGUCCUUCAGCUCACUGUAUGCGAGUGUCUGAAGGGCGGUGGCUGUGUGGCUGCACAGUAUGACAACUACGUCGGGUUGGGCCCUGCCGCCAUCGCUCUCAUGAUUCUAGCACUCCUGCUCCUGCUCCUGGUGCCGCUCUUGCUGUUGAUAUGCCACUGUGGAGGGGGCGCCAAAGGCUUCACCCCCAUUCCUGGGACAAUAGAGAUGCUGCACCCUUGGAAUAAUGAAGGGGCACCUCCUGAGGACAAGGUGGUGCCAUCGCUUCUGGUGGCCGAUCAUGCAGAGAGCUCGGCAGUGAGAGGCGGCGUAGGAGGUGCGAUGCUCAAGGAAGGCAUGAUGAAAGGCAGCAGCUCAGCUUCCGUUACCAAAGGGCAGCAUGAGCUGUCUGAGGUUGACGGAAGAUGGGAAGAACACAGAAGCCUCCUCACCGCUGGGGCCACUCACCAUGUAAGGACAGCAGGAACCAUCGCUGCCAACGAAGCCGUAAGGACAAGAGCCACGGGGUCUUCCAGAGACAUGAGUGGGGCUCGAGGAGCCGUUGCCGUGAAUGAGGAAUUCUUAAGAAGUUACUUCACAGAGAAAGCGGCCUCCUACAAUGGGGAAGACGACCUUCACAUGGCCAAAGACUGCCUUCUCGUUUACUCUCAGGAAGACACGGCCUCCCUCCGAGGCUCGGUCGGGUGCUGCAGUUUCAUCGAGGGAGAACUCGAUGACCUGUUCCUGGAUGAUCUUGGCCUUAAAUUCAAGACCCUAGCUGAAGUUUGCCUAGGUCGAAAGAUCGAUCUGGAUGUGGACAUUGAACAGAGGCAGAAGCCGGUCAGAGAAGCGAGCGUGAGUGCAGCUUCUGGCUCGCACUAUGAGCAAGCGGUAACCAGCUCAGAGAGCGCGUACUCCUCUAACACCGGCUUCCCCGCCCCCAAACCUCUGCACGAAGUGCACACAGAGAAAGUCACACAGGAAAUCGUCACUGAGAGCUCUGUAUCUUCCAGGCAGAGUCAGAAGGUAGUACCGCCACCUGAUCCUGUGGCUUCUGGUAAUAUUAUAGUGACGGAAACUUCCUAUGCCAAAGGCUCAGCAGUGCCACCCAGCACUGUGCUCCUGGCUCCCAGACAGCCACAGAGCCUGAUCGUGACAGAGAGGGUGUAUGCUCCAACCUCCACCUUGGUGGAUCAGCAUUAUGCCAAUGAAGAAAAAGUCCUUGUUACCGAACGAGUGAUCCAGCCUAAUGGGGGCAUCCCUAAGCCCCUUGAGGUCACCCAGCAUCUGAAAGAUGCACAGUAUGUAAUGGUGAGGGAAAGAGAGAGCAUCCUUGCUCCCAGCUCAGGCGUGCAGCCCACUCUGGCAAUGCCCAGCGUGGCAGCAGGAGGACAGAAUGUCACCGUGACAGAAAGAAUACUAACUCCUGCUUCCACUCUGCAGUCCAGCUACCAGAUUCCCAGUGAAACCUCCAUCACGGCUAGGAACACUGUGCUCUCUAGUGUGGGAAGCAUAGGUCCUCUGCCCAAUUUAGAUCUAGAGGAAUCUGAUCGUCCCAAUUCUACUAUAACCACAUCUUCCACCAGGGUCACCAAGCAUAGCACCAUGCAACAUUCUUACUCCUAAAGAGAAGCCAGCCGCAGUCGGAUCUGGACCUUAACUAGCAUCCACUGGAUGUGUGUGUCCAUGCCCCUAAUGUUAUAACAGCCACACAAGACUUGCACAUUGGAAAAACUUAUUGACAUGCCAAACAAAGACACCAUGUCUCAGGUAGGGUUGUAUUUCAGCAAUGCUCUGUGAUUAUUGGGGGAUGGAGUUAAGAUGCUAGUUCCUCAGUGCCUUUUAGAGUACUGUGCAAGCAAUACUCGCAAACAGGACAUGUAAAAUUGAGUUCCAAGAACUUACAAAACUAAAGCAGGGUAUCUAAUUCAUCAGGUCCAGGAGGCUGGGUCUCUGCACAAUGCAUUGAUAUUCAGCAGGGACAGUUCCACCCCUUAUAUUACAGAGCCACACAGGUUAUAGGUACCAAAUAGCUCAUCCACCCAGAGACACAUCUCCACUCUUUCAUCUCCACUGGAACCCUGAGUACACCAGAGGGAAGAAAGAAAGAAAGAAAGAGAGAGAGAGAGAGAGAGAGAGAGAGAGAGAGAGAGAACACUGGAGCCCUUUUUAACUGUCUAAAGUUGACAGACUUUAGAACACUGUCAGGAUAAGAAUACAUAGUGUGUAUUUCUCUGCACAUACCAUGUCCUGUGAGCUGAAAAAAAAAAUGACUUCAUAUUUUUCCUCACUUACCAAAGGUCCUAAAAAUAUUGAGCAUUUCAAAUUAGUUUUAUAAUCUAACUAAUCAUGAUAGCCAGGUGUGGUGGUGCAGGCCUUUAGUCCAGAACUCAAGAAGCAGGCAAAUCUCUCCGGGUUCGAGGCCAAUCUGGUGUAUAUAAAGGGUUCCAGGACACCCAGGGCUACAUAGAAAAACCCUGUCUCAAAAAAGCAAGCAAAACAAACAACAACAAAUACUAGUAAUCCAGGAUAAAAUUCCUAGUUAACUUUUCUGCAAUGUGAUGGCAGUCUAUGAAGGAAACGUCUUCAUAGAUCUGUUUCCUAUCUACAAGUUCAUGCACUUAGGGGCUGCACAAAUGACCGAGUGGCUAAGAGCACAUUACUGACUGCUCUUGCAGAGAACCCUACUUCAGUUUCUGACAACUACAUACUAUGGCUCACAACCACCUCUAAUUCCAACUCAAGGGAUCUGAUGCUCUCUAAUGGACUCCAAAGACAUUGCACUCACAGUUGAGUGGUUAGUGAGCAGCCGAGUUCCACUCUUGCAUCCUCAGUGCCUCUCACAGCCGCCAUAUCCCCCUCUUGCCAUUGACCGACUUCCAUCCUCAGUGCCUCUCACAGAACCCCAGCCAUUAUCUAUGGCACAAGAUAAGUUCCACAAACCACUCUUUUACAAUUAGUCAAAUAUCAAGAAGACUCAGUAGUUCAGUAAUUCUGAAUUAUGAACUUUACCAUCUUGAUAUCUGACAUAAUUGGCUGGUCAUGAGUUGAUAUGCAUGAAGUAAAUACUUUAUCAUAAAAACCCUUGAGUAACUGGCCCAAUUUCAUUCAACUUCCUUGCCUUGAUUCUUUCAAGAAGUUGUUUGGAUUCUACAGAACAUCAAUGGAAAAUAUUACAUAACAAAAAUUUGCUUCUAAAAAAUAAUGUUUCAAAACCUAUGUAUAUAUCAGUCAUAAUUUAUAUCCAUGUAUCUCACCCAAAAAAUGUUAAGAGCCAUCAAAUUUCUGGAUAUUUUGCUAGGAAAAUGAAAUUCUACACUUAUUUUUUGUAGACUUUUUUUAAAUGCUGUUUACAUGAAUUGUAUUUUGGAAAAAAUAUUAUACUGUGCACCCUGUGAUGCAUGAAGUGAUUUUAUGUAUGGUCUGCUAUGUGGGCAGAGGUCACCUUAUUCCUAUGAUCUGGAAUUGUUUACUUUCUACAAAGUAAGCUUUGUGGGGAUUUUGCUUUCAUUUUCUUUGUAGCUGAUGUUAUUUUACCAGGUGUGCAGCAGGAAUUACACCACUGUGUGGAAUUAUAAAUACAUCCCAUGUGCAAAAAAAAACAAAAAAAACAAAAAAAAAAAAACCUACAACUCAGUCUUGCGCGCCCCCUGGGUGGCUUUGAGGCUCCACUGCUCUUUUGUGCAGAGUACCAUCUUCCUUGUUUCCCCAAAGGGUGAUUUGCAUUCGUUUUUACAUUUGUUCCUUGGGAGGUUUGCAUUUGUGUGUGUAUCCAUGUAAAAUAUUUUAAUAAAAAGGCCACCUUCUUUCAGAGUAA